AUGGAUCCAAGACAAGAUUUCGAUCGGCUCGUCUCCUCGAUCACCUUCUCGGGCAGCCUGAUAUCAUUCAUAGCGACGACUUGCGUUUUGAUAUCGUACGCAUACUAUCGCCGCGAGCAACGUUCUUUUCGCCAUGCUCUGGUUUUCAAUCUGGCUCUGGCUGAAUUUGUAAAUACACUGAACAACACAAUUUCAGGUAUAAUAUAUCUACGCGACCAUGCACUAUACCCCGGCACGGCAUGUACCGUGAACGGCUUCAUCGGCCAGAUGUCGGUGCAAGCCUCGGACUUCUCCAUCCUGGUCAUCGCCCUCGUCACCCUCCUGACCAUCACGCGGACGACAUACAUGCCCGACGCUUCGCGAUGGCGCAAGAUCGGCAUCUGUGUCUCGGUGUGGGUGGUGCCGCUCAUCACGGCGACGAUAGCGACGGCCAUGGGCAAGAUGGGCCCCGUGAGCGGCAACUGGUGCUGGAUCAUGAGGUCCCAGACGGGCCUGCGGUAUGCCCUGACGCACGGGUGGCGCAUCGCCAUCAUCUUCUUCACGGCGGGCAUCUACAUAUUUGUCUGGUGGUACAUGAACCGGCACUUCCGAUCCAUGGUCAGCACCACCAUCACCGAUCUGAGCGGCGCGACAGACCGCUCGCGGAGGAAGCGUAGGGGCUUCAACAGGAUGGGCAGAAACCGCGAGGAAGGGGACGCGGAACGCCAGGACACGGAGCUGUCUACGGUCAGCAAGUCGAGGAUAUCGAGGGUCCUGGACGACCAGUGGGAGAUGUCGGCCCCCGAGGCGGCCUACGUGCGGGAAAACGAGGAGGACAUAAACGACGACGAGCUCACGCCGGGCGGCCGAAAGAGGGCGAGGAGCCGGGCCAGCUCAAUAUGCUCGGUAUCGGACUCGGAACCAGAGGACUACAACCACAUCCACAACCGCAUCAUCGAGGAGGAGACACAAGGCCAGCAGCAGCAGCCGCCGACGAUGAAGACGACGUCCAACCGCAAGGCACCCCCGACAGCCCUGAACAAGAGCAAGUUCGACGCGACGGCGACGACGGAGAGCGAGUUCCCGCAGCGGCGGCGGACGCGGCAGAUGGAGCGGGAGAUCAAGCGCAUGCUGCUGCUCAACGCGUACCCGAUCAUGUACGUGCUCCUGUGGAUCCCGGGCCUGGUCAACCGGUUCCUGGAGGCCACGGGGAACACCUCCCAGAGCAGGGUGCUGGCGGCGCUGCAGUCGAGCAGUCAGUUUGUCGGGCUGGCCAACGCGCUCACGUACGGGUUCAACACGACCCUGCGUAAGAAGAUAAAGGUGUGGUGGCGGAGAAAGGGGAGGAAGGGGAGAGCGGACCGGAGGCGGACGAUGGCUUGA